ACAUUUUUCUACGCAUACAGCAGCAUUAUAGAAUUUGCCACAAGCUUUUUGGCCGUACCUUUUUCGUAUUUUCCCGAAGGCUAUUUGGUGGAAGGGAUGCUCUUUACUGGCAUGGUGCAGAAUUUGCAGUGCUGAAAUUUUGUUUUGGGUUGGCAUUUCUCUAUAGCAGGUGCGGUGCAUGCGAAAGCAAUGAUGGAUUUAUUUUAACUGACCCCCAGCAGCAGUAGCCCACCAUGGCAGAAGCUCAUCAGGCUGUGGCCUUCCAGUUCACGGUCACCCCGGAUGGGAUCGAUCUCCAGCUGUGCCAUGAAGCCCUGCGACAAAUCUACCUCUCUGGCCUCCACUCCUGGAAGAAGCGGUUCAUCCGCUUCAAGAACGGGGUGAUGACCGGCGUGUACCCGGGCAGCCCUGGGGGCUUCAUGGUGGUGGUGGGAGCCUACCUGUCCUACAACAAGUACAACCAGCUGGACCCCUCCCAGGGCCUGGUGGCCAAGCUGGGGCAGCACAUACCUAUUGGCCGGUACCUGUCCUGUGACAACCAGAGGGCGGUGGGGGGCGUGCUGGUGGGCACGGGGCUGUGGGUCAGCAUCAUCUUCGUCAUGAGGAACGUCCUCAAGUGCCUGCUGUCGUGGCAUGGCUGGAUGUACGUCCAGCACGGUUCUGUGUCCUGGUCCGCCAAACUCUGGAUGGUGCUGGUGAAGGUGUUCUCUGGGAGGAAGCCCAUGCUGUACAGCUUCCAGAACUCUCUCCCUCGCCUCCCUGUGCCCCCCGUGAAGGACACCUGCAGAAGGUACCUGGAGUCCGCCCGGCCCCUCAUGGAUGAUGAGCAGUAUGCAAGGAUGGAGGGCCUGGCCAAGGACUUCGAGAAGAACCUGGGCCCCAGGCUGCAGUGGUACCUCAAGCUCAAGUCCUGGUGGGCCUCCAACUAUGUCAGUGAUUGGUGGGAAGAGUACAUCUACCUGAGAGGGCGCGGGCCAAUCAUGGUCAACAGCAACUACUACGCCAUGGACUUCCUGUAUGUGUUCCCAACGUCGGUGCAAGCCGCCCGGGCCGGCAACGCCAUCCACUCCAUCAUGCUGUAUCGGAGGAAACUGGACCGGGCUCAGAUUAAACCAAUUUACUUGCUGGCCAACAAGGUGCCCCUGUGUUCUGCUCAGUGGGAGCGCAUGUUUAACACCACCCGCGUGCCCGGGGCCGAGACAGACGUCCUGCAGCACGUGAAUGACAGUAAACACAUCGCUGUGUUCCACCGCGGCCGCUUCUACAAGGUGUGGGUCUUCUACGACGGACGACUGCUGUUGCCCCGGGAGAUUGAGCAGCAGAUGGACAGGAUCCUGAACGACCAAUCGGAGCCUGCCCCAGGAGAGGCGUUCCUGGCUGCACUGACUGCAGGAGCGAGAACCCCCUGGGCCAACGCCCGGGUCACCUACUUCAGCCGGGGGAAGAACAAGCAGUCGCUGGACGCCAUCGAGAAGGCGGCCUUCUUCGUGACGUUGGACGACACGCAGCAGCGGUACGACGCCGGCAGCCCCGUGGCCUCCCUAACCAGCUACGCCAAGUCCCUGCUGCACGGCCAGUGCUUCGACCGGUGGUUCGAUAAGUCCUUCAACCUUAUCGUCUUCAAGAACGGCACCAUGGGUCUGAACGCAGAGCACUCCUGGGCUGAUGCUCCCAUCGUCGGACAUCUUUGGGAGCAUGUUCUCUCCAGUGAUCCCAAGAUGAGCUACACAGAGGAGGGCCACUGCUGUGGGGAGCCCCACCCUAACCUGCCGGGGCCACAGAGAAUGCAGUGGGACAUUCCUGCUGAGUGUCAGGAGGUGAUCCAGAGCUCACUGUCCGUUGCCCGGACGCUGGCUGAGGACGUGGACUCUCACAUCAUCCCCUUUAGUGACUUUGGGAAGGGCCUGAUCAAGAAGUGCCGCACCAGCCCCGACGCCUUCAUCCAGAUCGCCCUGCAGCUGGCUCACUUCAGGGACAAAGGGAAAUUCUGCCUGACCUACGAGGCGUCCAUGACCCGUCUGUUCCGUGAGGGCCGCACCGAGACGGUUCGCUCCUGCACCAACGAGACGUGCGCCUUCGUCCGCGCCAUGCUCCGCGACGAGACGAGAGAGGAGUGUCUGAAGCUACUGAAGGACGCAGCAGAGAAGCACCAGAGCUUGUACCGCCUGGCCAUGACCGGGAUGGGCAUCGACCGCCACCUCUUUUGCCUCUACGUGGUGUCCAAGUACCUCGGGGAGGAGUCCGCCUUCCUGAAGGAGGUGCUGUCCGAGCCAUGGAGGCUGUCCACCAGCCAGACCCCCCUGCAGCAGGUGGAACUGUUCGACCUCGUCAGACACCCGGAGUACGUGUCUUCUGGGGGAGGAUUCGGCCCAGUGGCUGACGAUGGCUAUGGUGUGUCUUACAUCAUUGUUGGUGAGAACCUCAUCAACUUCCACAUCUCCAGCAAGCACUCCAGCCCAGAAACUGACUCCCACCGUUUUGGAGGCAACAUCAGACAGGCCAUGUUGGACAUUCUGGCUCUCUUCCAACUGGAUAAGAAGUCCAACAAGUGAUUUCCCACCAAGUGAAUCACAUCAGAAAGUUUUGUAAAUGCAGAUUAUCCAUGACACUUGUACAGAGAGAGGAAAAAUAAGAAAUUGCAGUAGGAUUUUAUUUCUAAUCGAUGUUGAAAGAAUUGUGGGAAGAUUUUUCUUUCACAUGUUUUGGGUUCUAUUUUGAUAGAUUAUUGAUUAUUUUGUGAUUGGUUUUGUGUGUGUGUGUGUAUGCGCGAGUGUGCGCUCGUGAACGUCGACACGGUUCUAGUGGACUGCUUGUGCAGGGAGCGUCUGUGUCCGUGCUGGCCUGUCUGCACGGUGCCUUACAGAGCCACUCAAGAACACGAUCAGUAGGAAGAGAGGGUUCUGCAGCGUAAAGACCCAGUCUGCAUCACCAGGAGUCGUCCGUACGUUUAUAGGAGGUUGAGUUGGUGCAAUAGUUCCGGUGGACCAUUGUAGCUGGAUGCCCGUCCAGCGCUGGUGUUGAAGGUUUUGUCUCAUUGUUUUGGCUGUCCUCUCCUCGCGUAGGAUCACUCCUGUUGUUUAGGGAUCGGGAUAAAAGGCCUCCAUAGUUCAAUCUCAACAGCAAAUUCAGUUGAGGAACAAUAUCUCCUCCAUUGCCUUUCUGACGAUUGUAUGUAACACUUUUGUUUCUUCUUUGGUAGCUGCGAGCAUUGUGUGGCGUCAUCGGAUCACAUCUGUUCUGUUUUUGAUUCAUAAUUUUCAUGCUCAGGUUUUUAUUCACUUGGCCUAGCAUUCUCACCGAGCCCUGGUUGUAGCAGUGCACGACUAUUACCCACGUCCGCAUGUACAUUAAGCAGACCUAGUGGUCCGGCUCACGUUGCUCUGCUCUGUCCGGGGGCAGGCAUUUAUAGGGUAGAGUGAUGUUUUCCCACGUUGGGUCAAACACGGGCUGGUGGCUUUUUGUUCUCAUUUGCACACGGUGGGUGGUGAGUUCAGCAGAGGGUUCAUGUGCCCUGGGUUAGGCCCCUCACUAGCAGCGGCCCAUGAUCUCAGAGUGAACCCGCACUGCCACACCUUGCCCCCAGAUUCGGCGUUCAGCUGGCGUCACGCUUCGACCCGUCUCAGCCCAGCACGCGACCCGUGUUGGACCUGCGGUGUCUGAAAACACUUCUGGGACAGCGUUGUGGUGUUGUAGUAGUCGCCUUGGUUACCAUGUUGCCGUCUAGCAUCGUUGUUGUGCUGCGGUGAAGAUGUAAAUACAGAGGAACGACAGUCAAGAUGUACUUUGGGUACGGGUGGCAAUGCAAACCUAUUUCCUGUUCAUGUUUAUUUAUUUAUUAUCAAUGUUUAGCUUUUGAUUCUCCCGCCCUGCAAGUCAUUUAGUCCGGAUUUAUUUACUGUCCAGCUAAGGAUGAGCACUAAGUUAAUAUUUGAUGUUUGCCGAAAUGACUAAGGACAAAAUGUUUUAUGAUUCCUUUUUAACAGAGCAGAGGUUUUGUUGAUGCAGACCUAGAAAAUGUGGUGUAGCUUAACGGCCUGCGUUCUGUAGACCUGGUUAUAAAACCUGCUGCAUGAUGUCACAGAGGGAGCUGUAAGUUGGUGUCAAACUUUGUGUCAAAAAUACGAGCAGCGGAUAUACCAAAACAAGUUUUAACACAAUAAAAGUGAAUGUAAACAACUA